AUGGCUACAUAUAAGCAAAAGCCAAGGAUUCAACAUCAUGUAGCGAAUCAUUCGGAGGAGCUUUCCGGUUCGGAACAGGACUGGGUAAUGUUUAAUAGUGCACGUGCCUCUAACCAACCUAUUGAACGUAGACUAGUUAACAAUGUUAGUGACGAUGAGGAUUGGCACGUCCUUAGCGAUAAUACAAAUCCCGUGGAGGAGAGUAUACCCUCCUUAGAAAGCAACUCUGAAUUUGCUAGCGGUGGGAGUGACUACGAUUCUGAACCUUAUUAUGUUCUGGACCAAACUGCUCGCUCGAUAGAGUUACUUCCAGAAGUUCAAGGCAAUUCUCCAUCACAAAUGCCUUCACAUGAUGGAACGGGAAAGUUUUUUGAUACUAAACUUUCCGAUGAAUCAAAUCACGUUUCAACGACAAACCUCGCAGAUUCCGAUUUAUUAUCGACACAUGAUGAUCUAGAUAAUGAACCAAUGGUUAGCGAUCGGAACAGAUCUGUUAACUUGGAUAUGACAUCCCAAGAUAAUGAAAGUAUUCGACCUAUGGGAAGUGUUAUUAAAGAAACUUGGAUGUCUAAAGUUCGUAAUGUUUUUCGAAUUGAAGAAGAGGUUGUUUCGGCGAUUAAUUCUCAAGAACAAGCUCAAUCAAAUCAGAUUUAUCAUAAAUUUGCCGAAUCGGCCUCAUCUGCAGCCAAAUUCGAGCUUGGUGAUUUAGGAAAUACGAAUCCUAUUAAAUCUCUUGCUAAUGUUGGUGAUGAAAACGCUAAUUCUACAACAUACACAACAGUUACGACUCAAUACAUUGAUACAUUUCAAAAUAAAACUUCUCAGGCUAACCAUUCGGAAAAACUGCCAGUGACUCGUCAUUUUGAUUCAUCGUCACCUGCGACUUCGACAUCUUCCAUACAUAGAUCUAAUGAUUUUGAUGGUUCAUUUACCGAAAAACAUGCUUCUAUUAUCACUAGGUUUGGUAAUGGAUUGAUCGUUCCAAAAGACCCAAUUGACAUGAAUUUUGCACCUACAAUCUCUAAAGACAUGUUAAACGAAAUGAUAAUGAACGAAAAUUCUCACAGUGCCGAUCAUCAAAACCAACACUCGACAACCUCACGGUCGAAUAAAAAUUCACUUUUAUCAACGGUUUGGACAACUUUUCGCCGAAUAACCAAUAAUAUCAUCAUAUCGGAUGAUACAGAUCCAGCUCAUGGUGAAUUGUCUCAGAUUACAAAAUUCGCUUCAUCAAAUUAUAAUAAUGGUUUGGCUUCUAUAAUUACAGGAACAGGAGAAAAUCAUUACACCUAUGAUUCAUGCCAUUUUCCUUUUGGAAAUCAUUUAGCUUUAUCCGAUCUUUGCCCUUCCUUACAUAAUUAUACUAGUUCAUCAUCCACACCUUCUACGCCAUCAUAUAAUAAGAGAAGAAAUUCCAUUACAACUUCAUCUAAUACUGCAAGAAUCUUUCUCACUCCUGUUUCAAGUUCGACGAGUCUAAAAAGUUUUACAAGUCGCGCCGGAAGUGACUGUGGAUUGGAAAGUAGAGGUGUUCGAAGGGGCAAAACUAUAGAAGCUCCUCUUGUUCUUUAA